AAGAAAUCUCAGAGUAGCUGGUAACAUCACCAGCGAAUAUUGUUUUGAAAAACUAACACGCUUAAGAUUUGCUUGAUAAUAUAAGCAUAUAUAAUACUACAAACAUCCUUUCCAUUCCAAGUGACCAACCAUUAUAAUGAAUACCACCAACGUCCUCCUCCAGGCUGUAAUCUUCCUUCUCACCAACGUCGUAUUGUUCAUAUCCUCGGCGUCAAUUCCAACUCAAUGUAAUAUACCAAAAGACUUGAAAGUCCAAUACGAGAAACUAUCCAGCGCAGCGAUCGGCAAUAACUUUUUUCUACCAGCUGAAAUAGCUCCAGGAGGAAGUGACCAACAAGAACUGACCGAAGGGGAUAAAACGUGCCCAACAUCUCCUGUAUCUACUGAUAUCAUUCGCGAGCGUUCAACCUGCCCAUGGUACCUGAAAAUUACCCACAAUUCGACAUAUUUUCCUCCAUCACGCACUGAAGUCGUUUGUCGCUGUACAGACUGUCUGGACUCUGACAGUAAUCAUCAAUGUGUGAUGGUAUAUACUCCGAUGACUGUCUUGGAACGUACAGCUACAUGUGUUGAUGGACUGUACGUUUAUAAACCAAGUGUCAUCCAUGUAGCCACAGCCUGUGCGUGCGCACGGAAAGUCGAUGUAAUAUCCGGAGAUGACGACGAAUAUGAGUCAUAAUAUCGGCCAAAAUCAUCAAACAUUCAAUUGUGUGUAACACAAAGGUUUUUCAUAAUGUUAUGGAAGUUUAAGUAAACCACUGUGUGGUUGUUAUAAGAAACACAUACGAAACAUGCACACACACGAAAAAUUAUACAAGCGUGCAUAUUUAAAUGCGUGCCCUCUCGCUAUUUCUUUCUCUCUAUCUCAUUCUCUCUCACUUUGUCUGUAUAUGUACACACGAACACAUACAUACAAUGUCACACACAUACACACAAGCACACACACACAAAGACUGACACGCACAUGCACACACAUAUAUAUACAAAUAUAAAUAUAUAUGUACAUAUAAAUAUUCAUAUAUUUACAUGUAUAUAAGUAUAUAUUUGAAAAUACAUUCAUACAUACAUUGGCAAAAACCAGUUUUGUUUCGUAAAUGCUGUUGAAAAAUAUUUCUUGCAAAUUAUUUUGUUUUUUUCUGUUUUGUAAACACUGAGGGGAACUCUUAUCUUACUUUUUAUCAUAUUUAGCUGAUUAUGAAUAUUUGCAAUAGUUUUACCUAAGCCUAUAUCAAGCUUCUUUUUAUAUAAAUAUUUGAAACCGAUAAAUGGUAUGGAAAUAUCUUUACAUAUACGUGAUAUAUUCCUAAUAUUAAAUGCACCGACCUUCCUGGUUUAAUCCUCAUUAUAAGAACAAACCAUGCAUGAAAAUACAGACACCUGUACACACAUCAAAUGCCCAGGGUAUCCUUCUUUGUUACCAUUUUAUCGUAUAUAUACAAAACAUAACUACGUAACAUAAUUGUAAUAAUGAAAAACAUUUAAUUCCAUCUGAAUAACAUUUCAAAAACGUAGAUAGAAUUUUAAAAACAGUUAAGUGCCUAAAUGUGAGGAAGUGCAUGACUUGCGGUUUUUGGUAUCAUAUACUUUUGUACAUAUAGACAGUAUAUAUAUAUGCAUAUAUAUAUAUAUAUAUAUAUAUAUAUAUAUAUAUAUAUAUAUAUAUAUAUAUAUAUAUAUAUAUAUAUAUGUGUGUGUGUGUGUGUGUGUGUGUGUGUGUAUGUAUAUGUAUGUAUACACAUAUACAUACGUACAUAAAGAGGGAGAGCAAGCGAUGGAGAGAGAGAGAGAGUGAAUGUCAUAUGAAGUUUUGAUACUUGAUAGAUGAAUAUAUAUGAGAUGAAUAUGUGAUGUUUUACUUCUGACUUUCGUAGAAUUACAGACCUUUCACAAAUUUCUUCAACUAUUAAUUUCACUAUGCAAUGAAUUAUACUAACAUGUUUUCGUUCAUAUCAUCACUCAUACUUGUACAUAACAAUUUUAUAUUUACAAAUUGAUGCAAAAAAAAACAAAAAAACUAGCCUCCAUGAAUAUUUGACAUAUCACAACCUUGUAAUUGAUGAUUACGUGAACUGAUAGACGAGUCUAUAAGAGGAGAUUACUGUGAUAGCCGCAAGAUUCUCUGAGUCCAUAUCCAUAUCAUAUGGUUACUUAAAAACCAGUACUGAGUCCACCAGUACAUUCUCACUAAUAAUAACGUUUAUGUAAUAUUUACAUAAAUAUUUAAUUUUAACUGUUAUAUAACUUUGAAACACAUUACACACACACAUACAGACACACAUGGAUACAUAUGAGCAUUUUUAUAUAUAUUUUAACAUAAUUUUAUAUAUGUGUGUGAGCGGAGGUAGGCGUGAGUGUCUGUUUGUUUGUAUGUGUAUUUGCAGGUACACAGAUGGUCUCACACAUAUAUAUGUCACUGUAACUGAAAAAAUAAUAUUAAAAAAAUAUAUUUUAUUCAAUUUUUUUCUAUGUAUAUAUUUUGAAUU